AUGUCAGUUCCUUCUGAUUACAGCAUUAGCAAGGAAGAAGAUACGGAAGAACAUGACUCGCAUGAUGAGACUUCCCAUCAACGCGGAGUGUCGACACCAAUCAAUGGAAAGCUGAAGAGGCUUCCAGAGGCGGUCGAAGAUAGUGACAGCGAAUUGUCGGAUGAUCCAGCGCCGUACAUUGACCGCGAACUCAUAAGCAAACCACGAUGGCCAGAAGAAAAUUUCAAGCCCCACGAAACGGAUGCAACUAAAAUCAAAGCCGUCUUUCAUCUCAAGCUGCCCGGUGGUAGCGGAUGGUACACACAAAGAGACAUAUUGCCUGAGCAGCGCGAGUCGGCCGAAGAAGACAAGAACGAUGAACACGAAACUCUUUUCGUUCCUGAGCUCAUAGCAUACAAGGUUCCCCAGAAGCCCAAAGCUGAGAACAAUGCUACUUAUUCUCCCUGGACCAGGGUCUCCACAUGGCGAUGGAAGCGAACUGCAGAUGACGAAACAGAAUUCUGGACUCCGAAAUUUGUCUUUCGUCGAUUUCACGCCCGCACCUACAAGUAUGAAGGAAUAUAUGUCGGCGAGACGCAGAUCAAAAACAUCGACCCCAACAAUAAAGCCUGGGUCUCAGCAUACCACAAGUGGAUCAACCAGAUCAAACGCCGCUCAGAUAGCAACUGGGUGCACGAAAAACGACGGGACCACUGGACCGUCCCUGAGAUUCGCACCAUGUACAAUGGCAUUAACAAUUUUCUACACACCAACUGUAUCGAUGCCUACCACGGGAUAUCGAAUGUGAGUCUGCGGCCGAUACUCGAUGCUAUAAACGCUGCAGGGAACAAUAAUCGCGGGAUGGAUGCACUGCGCGGGCAGUUGAGUUCUGCGCACGAGUUGAAGAACACAAGUAUCGCUUACCUUCGUGAUAAUGUGCGAGAGCUGGCCAAGUAUCUGGAGGAUGGGGGCAUACUUGAUGAUGAGGAGCGGUUCCCGGAGAAAUUCAUUCCAGAAGAGGAGUUUCCCACGGCUCCGAGGGCGAAUAUGCGGAGACUUGGGAGUAAGAACAAGUCUUCGGGACAGAAGGUGAAGGAUGUGGCAGGUAGUGUUGAGACUGGUGUUCCCGGUAACAACACACUUGGCGAUAUUGUGUAG